AUGGUCGCGAGGAACCAAGCCAUGUUGCGGGAGCGGAUGGCGAGCCUCGAGGCGGACCGGAAGCAGCUCGCCGAGGCGCGCAAGGGCCGGUCGGAGCAGCGGCGCGCGGCGAGCGAGGCGCGCCUCGGCGAGACCUCGAGCGCCAAGUCGCAGCUCGAGGCGCUGCGCGCCGAGGAAGAGCGGCGGCAACGGCUGCGGCGCAUCGACGAGCUGAGCCGCCAGAGCGGCCUGGUGCCCCCGGCGUCCCGGCCCGCGCCCGCGCCGGCGGCCGCGGCGCCGCGGCCGCCGCGGUCGCCGCGGUCGAAGAGCGUGUCGAGCCUCGAGCGGGCGCGCGCGCCGGCGCCGCGGGCGGCGAGCCCGCCGCGGUCGCAGAGCCGGGAGCGGGCCGAGCGGUCGCUCUGGGCGAGCUACGAGUCGUUCUCGAACCGGAGCCCGUCGCCGCAGAAGCGCGAGCCGCCGCCGCCGCCGAAGCACCUGUCGACGACCUUCGAGCAGUACCUCGACAACGCGCCGACGCCCAUCGCGCGGAAGGAGAUCAUCCUCACGCGGGAGGACGCCGCCGAGCCGCCGCCCGCCUUCGGCCAGUCGCUGAGCGACGACGAGCCGGACCUCUACGAAUACCGCGACUCCGCGAGCCCGCCCGACCACGCCGUCGUGCCCCGGUCGCCGUCGGCCAAGUCCGACGACGGCGCCGGCGACGUCGUCGUGCGGCGCGCGUCCUACGACGUCGCCGACGACGCGAGCGGCGAGGCGAGCGGCGGCUCGGACGCCGCGCCGCCGUCGCCGCCGCCGCGGAAGCUCGCGGAUCCCUACGACCCGCGCGCGCCCAAGCCGUCGGCGCGGCGCGACGCGCCCAGGCUCCCGGCCCUCGCGCCGCCGCGGCCGCCGUCGCCCGUCGUCGCCGUCGUCGCCGAGGCCGAGCGGCCGCGGAAGGGCGACGCCGCGGCGUCGCACCACGUCGCCAUGGCCCUGCUCCUGGGCGCGUGCCUGGCGGCGAGCGGGCGCUCGGCCCUCGCGCCGCGGCCGCGGCCGGCGCCCGUCGCGCCGCCGCCGCCGUCCCCGGCGGAGGCGGCCGCGGCGGCGGCGCCGCCCGCGCGGCCGGCCGGGGGCGCGCUCCGCGUCGUCCUGCGCGAGACGGCCGUCGCCGGCGCGACGCUGGGCCUCGCCCACGCGGCGACGGGCCCCGCGUUCGCCGGGGCUCAGACGGAGGCGUAG